UCAGGCUGCUGGUGUAAGCACUAUCCAGUUUCUUUUUGAAGGGCACUAGAGGUAACAAAUUAUGGACAAUAAAGAUGAAUAUUUGCUUAACUUCAAAGGCUAUAAUUUUCAGAAAACUUUAGUUAAAAUGGAAGUAGUGGAAAAUAUAGAAAAUUAUGAAAUUCGAGAUGAUGACAUCUUCAUUGUCACAUAUCCAAAGUCUGGUACCAUCUGGACCCAGCAGAUCCUUUCCUUGAUUUAUUUUGAGGGUCAUCGGAACAGAACUGAAAACAUCGAAACAAUAGAUAGAGCACCAUUUUUUGAGUACAAUAUUCACAAAUUAGACUAUGCCAAAAUGCCAUCACCUCGCAUCUUCAGUUCCCACAUUCCAUAUUACUUAGUACCAAAAGGUCUCAAGGACAAAAAAGCCAAAAUUCUUUAUAUCUACAGAAAUCCUAAAGAUGUUUUGAUCUCCUAUUUUCAUUUCUCAAAUUUGAUGCUUAUAUUUCAAAAUCCAGACACUGUAGAAAGUUUUAUGCAAACAUUUCUAGAUGGAGAUGUGGUAGGAAGCCUUUGGUUUGACCACAUAAGAGGCUGGUAUGAACACAGACAUGAUUUCAAUAUUAUGUUCAUGAGCUUUGAAGACAUGAAGAAGGACCUCAGAAGCUCAGUGCUUAAAAUCUGCAGUUUUCUGGAGAAAGAACUGAGUGAAGAAGAUGUGGAUGCUGUUGUGAGACAAGCUACCUUUCAGAAAAUGAAAGCUGACCCAAGAGCAAACUAUGAACACAUUAUAAAAGAUGAACUCGGAACAAGAAAUGAGAUGGGAAGUUUCCUUCGCAAAGGUGUUGUUGGAGACUGGAAACAUUAUUUGACUGUGGAUCAGAGUGAAAGAUUUGACAAGAUAUUUCACAGAAACAUGAAAAACAUCCCCUUAAAAUUCAUCUGGGACAUAAAUGAGGAGUAGAAUAUUAAUCACCACGUGAAUAAACCAUAUGAAAAUGUACUAGCCAGAGGUUGUACUUUAAUAUUAAAAUUAAUAUAUUUGUCUCAUUUAACUAUUAGUUAUAAAACAUAAUUCACAGACAAAAUGAUUACCUUGUGCCUAGAUUGUUUUCCA